AUGGCAGCGUUACGAGUCACAACCACACAGCUCUCGCGCAAGGCACUAACAUCAUGCCGACCACGCCUCUAUCUCGGCAUUCGCCCGACACUUGCAACCCGCCCCAAGAUACACGCAUACUCCACGGCACCGACACGGAAUCUCGCCCCGAAGAUCGAGCGCGGAGGGUCCAAGCUGUACAAAGAUGCCGAUGAAGCUGUCAAGGACGUGAAGAGCGGCUCGACGAUCUUGAGUUCCGGGUUCGGACUCUGCGGUGUUGCGGAAACGUUGAUCAAUGCAAUGGGUCGACGCGGGAAAGAUCAAUUGCAUUCGCUCACGGCAGUUUCGAAUAAUGCCGGUUCGGCGGGCAAAGGUGGAUUAUCAACGCUGUCGCAUAAUGGGCAGUUGGAUCGGUUGAUUCUCUCGUAUUUGGGCAACAACAAGGCUUUGGAGAAGAAAUAUUUGUCCGGGAAAAUUGCGAUUGAGCUUUGUCCUCAGGGUACUCUGGCUGAGAGGUUGAGGGCUGGUGGUGCGGGGAUUCCGGCGUUCUUUACCCCGACCGGAGAGGGAAAGAUCCCCGUUCGAAUGGAUGAGUCCGGCAAUGUCUUGGAGUCUGGCAAGCCGCGGGAGACCCGUGAGUUCAAUGGCAAAACGUAUCUGAUGGAGACUGCAUUGACUGGAGAUGUGGCGAUCUUGCGGGCGUGGAAAGCCGAUGAGGCUGGAAACUGUGUUUUCCGGUAUGUUUGCAUCACGAUCAUAUCGGCAGAAUAUAAUGCUGACUUCCGUAGAUACACCACCAAGGCAUUUGGACCGAUCAUGGCCAAGGCUGCUACCUUGACUAUCGUGGAAGCCGAGAAUAUUGUUCCUGUUGGGUCGAUUGACCCGAAUGAUGUGGACCUGCCAGGUAUCUUUGUGGACCGCAUUGUUCCCGCGACGGACGAAAAGCACAUUGAGAUUAAGAAGCUGCGUGAAAGUGAGGCAGCAGGUGGAUCGACGAAAGGCGAGGCUCAGAUUCAGAGAGAGCGUAUCGCUCGGCGAGCGGCGAAGGAAUUGAAGCAGGGAUACUAUGUGAACCUUGGUGUUGGUAUUCCUACACUGGCACCAUCCUUCUUGCCCAAAGAUGUCAAGGUUUGGGUUCAGUCUGAGAAUGGCAUUCUGGGAAUGGGUCCGUAUCCCACAGAGGAUGAGGUCGACGCAGAUAUCAUCAAUGCCGGCAAGGAGACCGUGACUUUGGUGCCAGGUGCUGCCACCUUCGACAGCACUGAGUCAUUUGGUAUGAUCCGCGGUGGCCAUGUGGAUGUGUCGAUUCUCGGCGCCCUGCAAGUGAGCGCCAACGGUGAUCUCGCAAACUACAUGAUCCCCGGAAAGGUCUUCAAGGGUAUGGGCGGCGCCAUGGACCUGAUUUCCAAUCCCGGUAAGACCAAGAUCGUGGUGGCGACCAGCCAUGUCGCCAAGGAUGGAUCGCCCAAGAUCGUGCAGAGGUGCAGCCUUCCCCUGACCGGUGCCAAUGUCGUGAGCACCAUCAUCACCGACCUGUCCUCGCAGUGUGUCUUCCAGGUCAACCGAGCCACCGGCGAGCUCACAUUAACGGAACUUGCUCCCGGCGUAGAAGUCGAAGAAGUGCGCAGCAAGACAGACGCCAAGUUCACAAUCGCCGAGAACCUGGAAAUCAUGGAGUAG